CACGCGCGCGCGCGCGCCCAACAAAGCUCGCCGCGACGGCGCACAUGAGCAGCAGCAUCAUCAACGGCAAAAAUCGGUGCACGACGGCGGCGCGCGGUGGGUGUGCUCGUCGUCAUCCUGGCGCGUAUGUUACGUGCUGUACGCACCACGGCAAUCACAAGUUAGAGCCGUGAGCAGGUUCGACCUUUGAAAGUCAGGUCUUUAGUUCUCCACCACUAUCACCACCAUCAUCCACCACGCCCGCAUCUGCAGGUAUAGGAUCGAUACGGCGCAAUCUCCACCCCUCCCUGCUGCGCACCACAUUCAGCGUCCCCCCUGAGCACUCUGCCAUCAUGUCAGGGCUCAGAGAUAUGACUCGCCGCCAAGAGGCGUUCAAAAACAAGUCGCAAUUCAAGACCGAUGAGCUCCGUCGCCGUCGCGAGGAGGCUCAAGUCGAGAUUCGCAAGCAAAAGAGGGACGAGUCCAUGGCUAAGCGCCGAAAUCUCAAUCUCGCUUCUGCACUUUCUGGAGGAGAGACCGAUGAGGAAGAUGUGGUCGGCGCUGCUACGGAUGCACAGCUGGAGGAGCAACUGCCUGAGAUGAUUGCGGGGGUCAUGUCCGAAGACCUGGACAGGCAGCUGGACUCGACGACGAAGUUCAGAAAGCUCCUGUCAAAAGAGAAGAACCCGCCCAUCGAACGUGUGAUCGCAUGCGGCGUCGUGCCGCGCUUCGUCGAGUUCCUCCGCUCACCUCACAGUCUGGUUUCGUUCGAAGCGGCGUGGGCAUUGACAAACAUCGCAUCGGGCACCUCUCAACACACGCAAGUCGUCAUCGACUACGGAGCUGUUCCCGUCUUUAUCGAGUUGUUGGCGUCGACCGUCUUGGACGUGCGCGAGCAAGCUGUCUGGGCCCUUGGUAACAUCGCAGGCGACUCGCCUCGCUGCAGAGACUACGUCUUGCAGCAGGGUGCCAUGGCUCCCUUGCUCAGCUUGCUGCAAGAGAACCACAAGAUGAGCAUGCUUCGCAAUGCGACCUGGACCUUGAGCAACUUCUGCCGUGGCAAGAGCCCUCAGCCCGACUGGCAACUCGUCUCUCCUGCCCUGACCAUCCUCACGAAGCUCAUCUACUCUCAAGACGACGAAGUCUUGAUAGAUGCAUGCUGGGCCAUCUCAUACCUCUCGGACGGCGCGAAUGAGAAGAUUCAGGCUGUCAUCGAGUCCGGUCUGUGUCGCAGACUAGUGGAUCUGUUGACCCACUCUUCCACCGCUGUGCAGACACCCGCCCUACGAUCCGUUGGCAACAUCGUCACCGGUGACGACAUGCAGACACAGGUCAUCAUUGCUAGCGGCGCUUUGCCUCCUCUGCUGUCUCUCUUGAGCAGUGCAAAGGACGGCAUCAAGAAGGAAGCUUGCUGGACCAUCUCCAACAUCACCGCUGGCUCGAGCCAACAGAUCCAGGCCGUCAUCGAUGCGAACAUUAUUCCUCCUCUCAUCCAGAUCCUUGUCCAUGCUGACUUCAAGACCAAGAAGGAGGCGUGCUGGGCGAUCUCGAACGCUACCUCUGGUGGCUUGCAAGAGCCUGCCCAGAUUCGGUACUUGGUCUCCCAAGGGUGCAUCAGGCCGCUUUGCGACCUGCUGAAGAGUCUCGACAACAAGAUCAUUCAAGUUGCCUUGGAUGGCUUGGAGAACAUUUUGAAGGUCGGAGAGCAGGACAAGACUGCGAACGGAGCCGGCGCGGUCAACCAGUAUGCACUCUACAUUGAAGAGUGCGGUGGCAUGGUGACCAUUCACAAUCUUCAACACCACGAGAAUUUGGAGAUUUACAAAAAGUGCUUCUUUAUCAUGGACAAGUACUUCCCAGAUGAGGACGAGAAUGAGGAUGGAGGCUUGGCACCUGCACAAGUGGAUGAGACAGGAAGCUUUGCCUUCCAGUCCAAUGUCGCUGCUGCUCCUACCGGCGGCUUCUCCUUUGCGGCCCCUGCACCCAACGGCGAUACCUCAAUGCAGUAAACGCACGCGCAUCCCUUCGCUUUGAGUGCAAUCGCGAGCGACUGUUGCAGCAAAGCUCACGCGACCUUUGCCUUGGCCUUUCUGCCUUUUGCUGUCGCGAUCCAGCUUCUCCUUGUUCAAUGUCACCAGCCCCUCUGUCCAAGCCUUACACACCAUCCCCUUUUGCGCCUUCCCAAGUCUAGAUCCACCCAUGCAUGUUAUCCGCUUCGCGCUUCGCUCGCGAAAACCUCAAUCACCCUCUGCUCCCGCUCCGUUCCAAAACGUCUAGUACCACACGUCGCUAGUAGUACACACCCCACAUCAUCGAUGCGUGAGAGGAAGCACAAAUGUGCCAAGCG